CCUUACGAACCAUCACUGCAAGGCAUCCUGCUGGCGUCGAGCUCACUUCAGACGGAUUCACCUACUCCAACGCCAUCGUCGAGACAGUCGCAUCAGUUGUUGCCGGCUAGCAGCAGUUCCGGUGGCAGCAACCCACCGCCGCCGGUACCACUGCUGCAGUACAGUCGGCGGCAAUCGUCACAGGAUGGCGCUGGUCAACGAGCUCCGUACGCCGAAUCGGAGUCUAUUUCAUCCAAACACACUUCGGUGCUGGUCAGCUACUGGGCUUGUCUGACGGAACGGAUGAGCUCACUGAUCUGCAAGUGCUGCGAGCGAACACUUCCUCCGGCGGAGAGCGUCUGA